AAUAAUAUAUACAUACAACACAUUGUAUCUAUACAUACAUACAUACUAGCCCUGCAAAAGAACUGCAAAAAAGCUGAUAAUAGGCUUACUGUUUUCCUUUCCCUAGUCUGUGUUUGUUGACUAUUACUCUCUCUAAAUUGCAUAUUCUCUAUAUCUCUACUUUUACGGAUUGAUAUAGAGAGAGAGAAACUGUUAGAGAGAGAAACACACACACACACACAAAACACACGCACAAGUUCUGAAAAAAAAAAUUAAAAAAAAUGCUGGAGACAGUGAAGUACCUCAUCGGCUCCGCCGGCGCGAGCGGCUUCAGCUCAAAGUCCACAGCCGAGCAGGUGACCGACGCCUGCCCCGAUCUCCGCUCCAUCACCGCCAUCAUAACCGGCGCCACGUCCGGGAUAGGGGCCGAGACGGCUCGUGUGCUCGCCAAGCGCGGCGCUCGGCUCGUGCUGCCGGCUCGGAGCCUGAAAGCCGCCGAGGACACAAAGGCUCGUAUCCUCUCGGAGAUUCCCGAGUCGCAGAUUAUUGUUAUGUGGCUUGAUCUCAGCUCACUCGACUCGGUCCGGCGAUUCGUAUCCGAGUUUGAGUCUCUCGAUUUGCCUCUCAAUCUUCUCAUAAAUAAUGCCGGGAAAUUCUCAUACGAUCAUGGUAUUUCGGAGGAUGGGGUUGAGAUGACAUUUGCUACUAAUUAUUUAGGUCACUUUUUGUUAACGAAGCUGUUGAUGAAGAAAAUGAUUGAAACGGCGAAAAGUAGCGGCGUUGAAGGAAGAAUAGUAAAUGUGUCUUCGAGUAUUCACAGCUGGUUUUCCGGCGAUAUGAUCCGUUAUCUUCGCUUAAUUACCAAAAAUAAGAGUGAUUACGACGGGACACGUGCGUACGCUCUAUCGAAACUGGCUAACGUUUUGCAUACCAAAGAACUUGACCGGAGACUCAGGGAAAUGGAGGCAAAUGUGACAGCGAAUUGUGUUCAUCCUGGUAUUGUGAGAACCAGGCUCACUAGAGACCGUGAAGGCCUAAUUACAGAUUUGGUAUUUUUCCUGGCUUCGAAAUUAUUGAAGACUAUACCUCAGGCAGCUGCGACAACAUGCUACGUGGCGACAAAUCCAAGGGUGGAGAAUGCAAGUGGAAAAUACUAUUCGGAUUGCAACGAAUCCUCACCGUCGAAACUGGGAUCCAGCUUAGCAGAAGCUGCAAGAUUAUGGGCAGUCUCUGAGAAAAUGGUCUCCACAGAUUCUAACAUACCUGUCGAUCAAUUCUACCCUGUGUAGGACCACGCUGGAUAAGACAUCAGAAAAAAAAAAAAAAAAAAAUAAAUAAAUAAAUAAAUUGGGUUCUGAAAAUAAUAUAUACGUGUAGUUGAUGAGAGAAAUUAAAGAGUAUAAUAUUUUUGUUUAAAAAAUAGUUUAGAGAUGUGUAUAAAUUAGGAGUAAUGUGUAUAAUGUAUAUGUAUGAGCAUAAACUAGGUUAGCUUCUUGUGUGUGUGUGUGUGUGUGUGUGUGUGUGUUUGUUUUAUUUGUGAUGUAAUAUUUUUGGGAGUAAUAUUGUAAUGUUGAGUUGUGUAUGUUGUUGAAUUAAUUAAAGUUUUAUUAAUUUUGUCUUUAAAUUCAAAACUUUUAUUGUGUUAUUGUAUCAUGGUACUUAA